CGCCGCUCCGCGCUCAAGGCCCACUUCCGUGGAGCGGCGUUUGUCCCGCGCGGCGUCCCGUCCGCGGCUCGCCUCCCAGUCCCGCGCGCGCGGGGCCCGCAGGAAGGUGGGACGCGCCAGCUCCCGGCCGCGCCGCCUUGCGGGAUGUGCUCCCUGUCGCUGUUCCCGCCGUCGCCGCCCUGGGACCAAGUGACGCUGUACGAGUACAACAACGAGCUGGUGACCGGUGACAACUACGAGAGCCCGCCCCCCGACUUCCGGGGCCAGUGGAUCAACCUUCCUGUUCUACAUCUGACAAAAGACCCCCUCAAGACCCCCGGCCGCCUGGACCAUGGCACCAAAACAGCUUUCAUCCAUCACCGGGAAAGUAUCUGGAAGAGAUGCAUCAAUGCCUGGCGUGACAUGGGCGUUUCCGGUGUGUUGAAUGAAGUGGCUAACUCUGAGGAAGAAGUGUUCAAGUGGGUGAAGACGGCAUCCGGCUGGGCCCUGGCUUUGUGUCGAUGGGGCGCUUCCCUCCAUGGGUCCCUGUUUCCCCAUUUGUCACUCCGGAGUGAAGAUCUGAUUGCGGAGUUUGCCCAGGUCACAAACUGGUCCAGCUGCUGUCUGAGGGUCUUUGCCUGGCAUCCCCACACCAACAAGUUUGCGGUGGUGCUGUUAGACGACUCCAUCCGGGUAUACAAUGCCAACAGCACCAUAGUUCCCUCUCUCAAGCACCGGCUCCAGCGAAACGUGGCCGCCCUGGCCUGGAAGCCCCUCAGUGCCUCAGUGCUGGCUGUGGCCUGUCAAAGCUGUAUCCUCAUCUGGACCCUGGAUCCCAACUCCCUGUCCACCCGACCCUCCUCAGGCUGUGCCCAGGUGCUUUCCCAUCCAGGGCAUAGCCCUGUCACCAGCCUGGCCUGGUCCCCCAAUGGAGGACGAUUACUUUCAGCCUCACCUGUAGAUGCUGCUGUCUUGGUAUGGGACAUCUCCACUGAGACCUGUGUCCCCCUUCCCUGGUUCCGAGGAGGUGGAGUCACCUAUCUGCUUUGGUCCCCCGAUGGUAGCAAAGUCUUGGCCACCACUCCCUCUGCUGUGUUCCGAGUUUGGGAAGCUCAAAUGUGGACCUGUGAGAGGUGGCCUACCCUGUCGGGCCGUUGUCAGACUGGCUGCUGGAGCCCAGAUGGGAAUCGCCUGCUGUUCACAGUCCUAGGAGAGCCACUUAUUUAUUCCUUGACCUUCCCUGAACACAGUAGGGAGGGAAAAGGACAGGUUGGAGGUGCCAAGACAGCUACCAUUGUGGCAGAUCUAUCCGAGACGACAAUACAGACACCCAAUGGGGAAGAAAGGCUGGGUGGAGAAGCUCAUUCCAUGGUCUGGGACCCUAGUGGGGAACGCCUGGCUGUGCUUAUGAAAGGAAACCCACGUGUCCGACAUGGCAAGCCUGUCAUUCUGCUGUUCCGAACCCGAAAUAGUCCCGUGUUUGAACUGCUUCCCUGCGGUAUUGUGCAGGGGGAACCAGGGGCCUGGGCCCAGAUGAUCACCUUUCACCCAUCCUUCAACAAAGGAGCUCUGCUCACUGUGUGCUGGUCCACAGGCCGGAUUGCCCACAUUCCCUUGUACUUUGUCAAUGCCCAGUUCCCACGAUUUAGUCCCAUGCUGUGCCGGACCCAGGAGCCCCCUGCUGGGGGAGGUGGUUCUACCCAUGUGCCUCUGUUUACUGAGACAGCCUCCAUCUCUAGCCCCUGGGAUCCCUCUUCAGGAACUUCUUGGUCCCACUCUCCCUCCAGCCAUCUUCAAUAAACAAACAUUUUCUUUAUUUCCCUUUA